CAAUUUUCAACCUGAGUGUUAUGAGCCCGGAUACUUAUCAGGAUCUGCCUUCCUCCCUGCCCUGUUGUUGUUGUUAUUGCUUUUUGAACCUUUUUGGUGUUGAGUCAGUCACAACGCCACAAAAACGCCACAGCCGAAUCGACUACACAACAGCCCGUGUUCUCUCACCAAUAUGCCAUCUACUUCCACCUCUGUUGAAAAGAUUGUUCUAUCCUCCCCUGCCGACUGGAAGCACUGGUUCUUCACCGUCGAAACAAAGGCCUACUCCGGCAAUGUAUGGGAAUAUGUCAACCCCAACAAGCCAUUUUCUGAUGAUUCCACGAAACUGAAUAAGCCUGGCCGGCCUGCACUACCGGCAGCAGCAAGCAGCGCGGAAACAUGGACCCCGGCGGCCAAAUUAGAUUGGAAACAAGCCCAAGAGGAUGCUAAGAAGGAGGAAGAUCGCUAUGACGCCAAAAUCGAUGCCAUCAACAAACUCCGAGUCCACAUUGUUGAAACGGUCGCAUCGCACUACAUACCAUUCAUCAACAAGGCCAAGACUGUGCACGAAAUGCUGAUUAGCCUCAAGAAUCAGGUGGCUCCAUCUAAUCAGCUACGCCGCUACGAACUCCGCACGCUAUGGCAGCAGCAGCAAAAGUUUCCAAAGGAUUCAAAUAUUGAACGAUGGCUACAGGAAUGGACAGUUCUCUACAGAGAAUGCGAAGAAUAUCAACUGCCUGAAGCCGCCGACAAUCGUCCACAACUCGACUUCCUGCUCUCUAUUCAGCCAAAGAAUCCCGAAUUUUCGAUAUACUGGCGCAACGAAAUGCACCGCCGCAUGGCUAGGGCUGAGAAUGCUCCACCGCUUCAGGAACUGGUUGAUUUAUUCCGUGACCAAAGACGGGAGGCUCUAGCUAUUGCAGGCAAAAUUACCAGCCAUUCUGCAUUUGCAACAACACUCAACGGCGUGGAAUUGAAGCCACCAAGCACGCCGGCAGCCACGCAGGCCGCUACAACGGCAUCCACGCCAGCCGCUAUAACGGCCUCCACAACAGCCUCCAAAGCUAAAAAUAUGCUCCCAGAAUGCAUCUGCGAAGAAUACUACUUCUUCCGAAAUUGCCUAUAUAUCUGUGAGAAUAAACGGCCAAACGGAUGGAAAAGCAACCCAGCUGUAGCAGCCAAGCUCAAGGAAAACCUCAAGAAUCGACCCGAAAAACAGCAGGCGAUAGUUCAAAAGCUGCAGGAAAUAGCCGAGGCCGGAGGGCCUAAUACUGGAUCAGUUUCUUGCUUCACAAUCGCUAUUGUUCCGCACGGACAACUACGCAUAUUUUCAACCACCAAAGCCGCCGGCCAAGCAGACGGCUAUGCAUACGGCUGUGCAUACGGCCAAGCAGCCGGCCAAGCAGCCGGCCAAGCAGACGGCCAUGCAUACGGCUAUGCAGCCGGCCACGCAGCAGGCCGUGCAGCAGGCCGUGCAGCAGGCCGUGCAGCAGGCCGUGCAGCCGGCCACGCAGAUGGCCACGCAGCAGGCCGUGAAGCUGGCCAUGCAGCAGGCCGUGCAGCCUUCGAACUCUCCGAAUCAUGGCCAAUCUGA